UUUGGGAACGUAGCAUCCUCUCAGUGGCACGGAAAGUGUUUUCGCUUUCACGAGAAUUCGAUUUGCCUUUCGUUUCCUCUCUGAUUUUUGUUUCGAUCUGGGGGUUUUCUUUAUGCUUUGACGGAUCGGAGAGAUUUUGUUUUGAUUCGUUCGGCAAUCGGAGGUGUGAGAUCGCGAUCGCUUUUCUGUAGAACUUAAGCGGACGUUUUUUGAAUCGUAAUCGUGGAUUUCUUCGGGUUUGAUCGAUUGGAGUUGGCUGAAGAACGAGGAGGAGUUUGGUCGAUUGAGAAUUUCGAAAACCGAGGCGCAUGAACUGGUUGGGAAAGCUGGGUUUAAACUUGAGUUCUAAUUCUAAUCACUUCAUUACCUGUCUUUUGCUUUUUCUUCUCCAUUAUUCCCCUCAAUUGACUCCUUCUUUGUUUAAUUUCGACAAUAAAUCCAUUGAUCCCUUGUUAUUACUGCAUUUGAAUCCUGAUUCCAAUCAUUUUCUUAAUAAUAAACCGACGACUUAAGUUGAUUGCUGCUCGUCGUUCAACAAUGGAGUCUGGUUCGAGGAGUAAUUCCCAACUUCGUAAAGCUGUCUGCCAUUCAAGUCCUGAGAAAGGACAGGUAAGAUCACCUUCGGUGAUUGUCAUUGGUGGUGGCAUUGCUGGAGUAGCUGCUGCUCGUGCUCUUCAUGAUGCUUCCUUUCAGGUUAUCUUGUUAGAAGCAAGGGAGAGACUUGGUGGUCGCAUUUAUACAAAUUAUUCAUUUGGUUUUCCUGUUGACCUUGGUGCUUCGUGGUUACAUGGUGUAUGCAAAGAGAAUCCGUUGGCCCCCUUAAUUGGCAAAUUAGGAUUACCCCUGUACCGUACCAGUGAGGACAACUCUGUAUUAUACGACCAUGACUUAGAAAGUUAUGCACUCUUUGAUAUGGAAGGGAAACAAGUUCCUCAAGAGCUAGUGACAAAAGUUGGUCAAGUAUUUGAGGCCGUCUUAGAAGAGGCUGAUAAAAUAAGAGAUGAAUAUACUGAGGACAUGACUAUAACUCGUGCAUUCUCAAUUGUUUUUGAAAGAAGACCAGAAUUGAAGAUGGAUGGGCUUGCCCACAAGGUUCUUCAAUGGUAUCUCUGUAGGAUGGAAGGAUGGUUUGCUGCAGAUGCCAAUACUAUCUCACUAAAAUGUUGGGAUCAGGAAGAGUUGCUGCCUGGAGGUCAUGGGCUAAUGGUAAGGGGAUACCUUCCUGUUAUCAACACUCUUGCAAAGGGUCUUGAUAUUCGUUUGGGUCACAGGGUUUCAAAAGUAAUUAGACGAUAUAAUGAAAUUAAGGUCACAGUCGAAGAUGGGACAACAUUUGUUGCUGAUGCUGCUAUUGUUGCUGUCCCUCUUGGGGUGCUCAAAGCCAAUACCAUAAAAUUCGAACCUAAGCUCCCAGACUGGAAGGAAUCCGCCAUAUCUGAUCUUGGGGUAGGGGUAGAGAAUAAAAUAAUACUGCAUUUUGAACAAGUGUUUUGGCCGAAUGUGGAGUUUCUAGGAGUGGUUGCGGAAACAACAUAUGAAUGCAGCUACUUUCUCAAUCUUCACAAGGCCACUGGUCAUUCUGUUCUCGUUUACAUGCCUGCCGGGCAGCUGGCCGAAGACUUAGAGAAAUUGUCCGAUGAAGCAGCUGCUAAUUUCGCUUUUACACAACUCAAGAAAAUUCUUCCGGAUGCAUCUGACCCAAUUAAUUUCCUUGUUUCCCGAUGGGGUACAGAUGUUGACACACUUGGAUCGUACAGUUAUGACAUAGUUGGGAAGCCCCACGAUUUGUAUGAGAAGUUGAGAAUCCCCAUUGAUAACAUAUUCUUUGCAGGUGAGGCAACAAGCACAAGUUUCCCAGGAUCUGUGCAUGGUGCGUUCGCAACUGGUGUAAUGGCUGCCGAGGACUGCAGGAUGCGUGUACUUGAGCGUUACGGAGAACUAAACAUAUUCCAGCCCGUCCUAGCUGAGGAGCCAGUAUCGGUACCACUACUGAUCUCCCGCCUGUAAGUCGAUUCAUUCCUUCAAUAUUGAUGAUGGGUUUGGCUGGGCUAGUGGUAUUGAAAAUCACUGCUUUUUGCAUGGGAUCGAUCAAACAAUCAAUCAAUAUUUUGGUCAAAUGUUGUGGUUUUCUCAGAAGCUGCACGCUGGAUUUGGGUAGUAGUGGUCAGGGAUGGAUGUGCUUUUAGGCUAGCCUUAUCUCCUUGAUGUGAUGGGGGAAAAAAAAACAUUUUAAGUGUCUAAUAUUUUUACUGAAUAAAGUUGUCUUUAGCCUUUGGUUGGACAUGUACUUUUUCUCUCUUCUGUAGUUGUAUGAGGUAAUCAAAUUAUUGAUGAAAAAUCUGAUGAGAUUGGGAAAAAUGAGAAGAAUCUUUUUAGGAGCAUGAGCAUGUAAUGUGGAAUAUCUUUGCAAUGUUGUUGGAUCAAGAUUCCCUUGAUUGAUUCUUCUACAACUUGUGAAGUUUAAAGUUUUAUCA